GCCAGGCGGGCGGCACACGCGUCGACCGCCGCGUGUUCAGUAAACACGGGACUUGUUGUGACAGUUUCAAUUAGGAAAUACAUAACACUGAUUUCCUCAGAAAACAACUGAAUAUUUACAGAAAUAACUUACUGUAACAUCGCAAGAAUAAUGUGGGCCGAUAUUACUUCAUCAGCGUACUGAGACAAUUUGUGAACAAAAACAGUGAGCAACUAAGACAGUGAUUCGUGAGUAAUGAACCUAGUGAACUGAAAGGUUUGUAACCAAAAACAAGAGAAGAAAAAAAGUGCAGAAAUCAUGAAAAAAGUGUCUGGCCGCAAAAAAUGUGACGUGUGAACUAUUUAAAAAGAAAUUGGACGUUAAACAUGGCGCAGUGGGUCUGGUUGGCGGCGCUGCUGUGCGGCUCUCAAGCGGCGGUGCUGCCGCCACCCUGGGCGGACGUCAGGAGAAACCCGUGCGCUGCCCAUCCAAGGGGCUGGCUCAUGCUGUACUGGCCGACUGAUGGCAAAUGCUACACUAUUUAUAAGAAAGGCCACCCUUGCCCAGACACCCAAGAGCUGAGCCCUGGCCGGUGGGGCGGGAGAACAGUGGCUGAGUGCAAGUGUCCCCCCGGCACUGCCCAGCUGCCCCACACCACCACCUGCCACAAACUCUUCGAGCGCGGUCCCUGCAGGCCUGGAGAGUACUUCGCGCCGGUCGAGGAGUCCUUCAACAAGAGAGGCGAACGACAGGGCAUGUGCGUGCGGCCGCAGCAGUGCGCUGACGAGACCUUGCUCUACUGGCCCGCGGAUGGCCGAUGUUACUACAAGAUGACGCAGGGCCCUUGCUACCCUGGGGCCUUGCUGGACGUAGGCGAGGAUGGCCUUGCUAAUUGCACGUGUGCAAUCGACGGCCCGAACUACUGGGCCCCAGACGGGGGCUGCUACGCGCACUACACGCGGGGCCCGUGCGAGAAGGGGCAGCUCUUCCUGCCAGGAGCUAAAUGCGGCUGCGAGCCCCACCUGCCGCAGUACGAUAAUGGGACGAAUGCCUGCUAUGAAUUGGACACCAUCGGCCCGUGUCCCAAAGGUCACCUGUUCUCCGUAACCGAGGUGACGCAGCGAGGGUCUAAGGCGGAGUGCAAGUGCAAGUCGUUUCACGCGAGAGCUGCCGAUGGGGCUUGCUACAGGCUUUAUACACGGGGGCCGUGUGCGACUGAUGAAAUGAUCGCUAGGGGAGGCAGGUGCACUAAGGUGCCCUGCGCUCGCGGCCGCCUCUACGUGCCCGAGCGCCGGCGCUGCUACCGCCCAGGCACCGCCGAGCCGUGUCCCGUGGGCGAGGUGGUCGCGUUCGACUUCGACGCCAGGCCGGCCCUGGACGGACUCAGCCAUAACGGCGUCUGUGCUUGCGGGAGCGGCGCUUGUACUAGGAGAGAGGUGGAAGCCUGCAGUUCCCGCCGCUGGACGGUGCCAUACGAGGGCGUGUGCCACAUCCUACACACGCAGGGGCCUUGCAGCCCGGGAUCCUGGCUCGUCCGGGACCACAACCGGGCCCGCUGCCAGUGCCGCCCCGGGACCGACCCGCGGGACUGUCAGGACAAGAGCUGACGAACGGGGAAUGUAGAUGAUAGUGAAAUGAUCUCGAGUUUGGGGCCAGUUGUGGAUUGAGCUAUCAGAUACAAUAAAUCUGGAGACAAUGAAAGUGGCUGAAAGAAUUUCAAACCUCGGUCAGUUGACUGGAAAAAGGGUGACGUCAAAUAACCGUAUUUCCAUUUUCAAAUAAUGGGAAUCCAUAGAUUUUUUUGCUGUAAAAUAGCAUCUAUUUCAACCAUUUAAAUCUAUUACAAUGUUUAACUUGACGAGCUAUGGUCUGUACAACGAGAUGGCCCUCUUACAGUAGCAUUAGCUAGCCGUAGAACUUGUUUUAGAACUUGGCGACAGAGUUAAGCGGUAACAAACGUCUGGUGUUUUGGUUCUGUUUCGAAAAUCUGCCGCCUCCUGUUAGUUGGACUGAAGUAAUCAAUGUAAUCAUCAUCAGAUGAUGGUCAAAGUGAACGGUAUUAUCCUUUAAUUUAUUUUAGCGUUGAUAAGACUAUGAAAAUGAAUGUGCGCGUAUUUUUAUACAUAUUUCGUUGUGGAAAAGAUUCAAAGGUUUUCUCAUUGCUGGUUUAUUUUCUGGAUUUGUCUGUAGGCAAUGUAACAUUUACAAAAUUUAAGCAUUUACGAGUACCAAUAAGUACGAGUAGUUACAUAACGAGGUACUGAAGUGAAGAUGAAAUUAGGUAUGUAUGCCAAAUUCGAAUCGAAUUUGGAGACAAUUAUGUCACAUUGUCUACAGGCAUAACAUCAAUAUAGGAUUCAAAGUUAUGU